GCCCCGGCGCGGAGCUCCCGGACAUGUCCUUCCCCCCGGCGCUGCUGGGCUUGGCGCUGCUGCUGCUGGCGGCCGCGGGGAGAUGCUUCCCGGCGAGGAGGAGUCCGGAUGGGUCCCUCUCUGGGGUUAUGCAGAAGUGGAAGGAGUAUCAGCUCCAAUGCCUGAAAUACUUGUAUGAGACACCCCCCAUUGUGGCAGAAGGCAAAUUCUGCAACAGAACAUUUGACAAUUAUGCCUGCUGGCCAGAUGGACUGCCUGGCACCUACGUGAAUGUCAGCUGCCCUUGGUAUCUCCCCUGGGCUAAUGCAGUGAUGCAUGGGCAGGUGUACCGGUUUUGCACCCUGGAAGGGACGUGGCUGCUGAAGGAGAAUUCAACUCUGCCAUGGAGAAACCUGUCUGAGUGUGAGGCCUCUGACCAGGAUGCACCAGAAGAACAGCUCUUGAAUUUGUCCAUCGUAUACACAAUUGGAUAUGCUCUUUCCUUCUCUGCCCUUGUAAUAGCAACUGCCAUUCUUCUUGGAUUCAGACAUCUGCAUUGCACGAGGAAUUAUAUUCACCUGAAUCUUUUCACAUCUUUUAUCCUCCGGGCUAUAUCCGUCUUCAUUAAAGACUCAGUGGUGAAGUGGAUGUACAGCACUGCCACACAAGAGCACCAGUGGGAAGGACUUAUCUCCUUCCAGGAAUCACUCGGCUGCCGCUUGGUCUUUGUGAUGAUGCAGUACUGUGUGGCUGCAAACUAUUACUGGUUGCUGGUAGAAGGCAUGUACCUGUACACACUGCUGGUACUUUCAGUCUUUUCUGAGCAGAGAAUUUUUCGUCUUUAUCUCUGCAUUGGCUGGGGUGUGCCAAUGCUGUUUGUUAUCCUCUGGGGAACUGUCAAGUACCUUUAUGAAGAUGAGGGCUGCUGGACCAGAAACUAUAAUAUGAAUUACUGGUUGAUCAUCAGACUGCCCAUUCUUAUCGCCAUUGGGGUAAAUUUCCUGAUCUUUAUCAGAGUUAUAUGCAUCAUCAUCUCCAAACUACAGGCUAAUCUCAUGUGCAAAACUGACAUAAAAUGCAGGCUGGCCAAGUCUACCUUGACUCUGAUCCCGCUGCUGGGAACCCAUGAGGUCAUCUUUGCCUUUAUUACUGAUGAGCAUGCCAGGGGGAUGCUGCGCUUUGUGAAGCUUUUUACUGAACUCUCCUUUGCUUCUUUCCAGGGCUUGAUGGUUGCAGUUCUCUACUGUUUCAUCAAUAAUGAGGUUCAGAUGGAAUUUCGGAAAAGCUGGGAGCGCUGGAGAUUGGAACACUUGUAUGUCCAGAAAGACAGCAGUAUGAAACCUCUGAAGUGUGCGGCCAACAGCAUCAGUAGUGGAGGCACAGUAGGCAGUAGUGUCUACGCUGCCACUUGUCAGGCUACAUUCAGCUAAGAUUUCUGCAGAUGAUUCAGACUGAGAACAAUGAACUGUACAAUAUACCUAAAAACCCUUAAAUAACAAGGCAAGUGGCUUAAGUAUGCCAUCUCCAGCAAGAAACUUAAGCACAUGCUGCUCAUUGUCUGCAGGCUGUUGGACAAAGUUUUCUAAGGAAAGCAAUCUGCUAAUGCAAUCAACACAUCAGAGGAAAAACUGAUCAUAUCUAAAGUAAGUUAAAGGAGUUUCUUCGUAUUUGUACACAAGGCCUCCAGGUGUCUGAAACUUAAGCGUAGCAUUGAUCCAGUAUGAAACCAGAGGGUCAAUGGCUUAUUACUGUUGAGUGGGUGAGCUGAGCAGUUGACUGAUUAAAUUACAAGGAUACAGAAUACAAUUAUUGCCAAAAAGUACAUUCAGACUUUUAUGGGGAUAGGGUAAGGUGGGACACAACUUGCAUUCUAGGGAAGAAU